AUGUCGAAUCCCAAUGCCCUCCUCCUUCUCGCUGACCACAUCAAGCUGUCGCUUCUUGAACGGCAAAGAGCAAAGACGUUGAAGCUGUCGAGCGACACCCAAGAUGGCCACAUUUCGCGAUCACUUGACCAGUUUCGUGAGGGUCUUGAAUCUCUCCGAGCCGAGCAUCAGCGUCUCCAUGAAGCCGGCGACGAAGCAAAGGCCUCCACGCUGAACGAUACGCUCUCGUCGCUCCAAAAACAGUUUGACGACCUCACAUCCCAAUUCCACGGCUACGCUUCGCCUGCUACCACCUCAACACUCACCCAACCCAACGACCCUUCUCUCGCCCAAGACUUUGCCCAUGCCCAAUCCUCGAAACCCAUAGCCGCGUCCACGACGACUCCCCCGCCCAUACAACGUCGUGCCUCCAAGACUGUCCGUUUCUCGUCACCCAACAGUGACCUCGAAGCCCAAGCCUCUACCGCCAACAAGUCUGCUCGCUCCCAGCUAUUUCCAUACCGCGAUGACCCCGUCUUGGAUGACGACUCAGCUGGCUAUCGCGACACCAUCGAUGGGCAAGAUAUGGACAACACUCAGAUACACGCCUAUCAUCAGCGGAUUCUGGAAGAGCAGGACGCCCAACUUGACGCUCUAGGAGCUAGCAUCUCACGGCAACGCGAGCUGAGUAUGCAAAUUGGCGAUGAGUUGGACAACCAGGUCACGAUGCUGGAUGAGAGCGAACGGGCGGUGGAUAGACAUCAAAAUGCCUUGGAUCGAGCAAGAGAUCGGGUGGGACGUUUUGCGAGGGCAGCAAACAACAGCGGAGAGGGAAAGCAGAUGGGCAUCAUCCUGGCACUGAUCAUCAUUUUGGUGCUUCUGAUUAUUAUACUCAAGUGAGUGUAUGGGGCGAGUCUAAAUGGAAAUGCCCCAAGACACAUUUGCUUCGGUGGACAGACAUUAUUACAAGUUUGUCAGGCAAGUGUUUCCUCAACAGGCCAACAUGAGAAGAACAUCUACGGCAGGCUUUGGAGGACCUCUCAUUCACAUUCUCAUCCUUUUCCUUGAACUUGUGUUUGUUGGACUGGGUACAAUCAUGGGUAUUUGAAUUUCACAUUGGCGUGAGGCAUCGCAUCAUGUACAACGGUCGCUUAUACAGCAAGCGCUUUGUGGUACAGGAUGGUCAUUCAAUCUUUCUCGAAUUCGAAUUAACAUACAC